AUGAAUGGGCUUGGUGGAGACUCCUUUCUGGUGCUACUGAUCUUAUCCAUGAAGAGACACCGGAAGCAGCCUUACAUGCUUGAUGAGGACGAGAAUAUCCAUGAGAACAUUGUCCGAUAUGACGACGAAGGCGGCGGGGAAGAAGAUACGGAAGCUUUCGACAUCUCUGCCCUGUGGAAUCCCAGGGAGGCCCAAGCGUUCAUGAAGAACCGACAAGACAUGAUGCCAGAGAUCGAAAGCCUCUCAAGAUACGUCCCUCAGGCCUGCACAAUGGACAGCAGUGUUCACAGCUAUGUAUUGGCCAAACUCUAUGAAGCGGACAUGGACCUCUGGGCUCCUCCCUUCGACUCCCUCCAGACCUAUAUGUUUGAGGGCAACGGCUCAGCGGCCGAAUCGCUCAGUUCCUUACAGUCUGUAACUACGGACUCAGAACAGAGCUAUGACUAUCUGACAGACUGGGGACCACGCUUUAGGAAGCUGGCGGAAAUGUAUGGCGCCACAGAGGGGAGUGGGACUCUUUGGUAACUAAAAAGGCCACGUGCUUGAUACUCAAAUGCCGCCAUCUAAACUUGUACCCAUCCGACGUGAGACAUUUGGUGGGAUGGCCUCUUACAAUUAGCAAUACGAUGCUUGAGGGAGAAUGCAGGAGAGUUUGAAUAAGUCAGAGCACUCUCUGGAUCAGCUUUAUGAAGUUAUUUUAAGCUACAUUUGUAAACGAUGAUAAGCAGGAGAGAAAAGAGAGGUGGGAAGAAUUUCGUGGGAUUUUUUAUUUUUAAUUUUAUCUUUCAAAGACUACACAAUGAACAUUUGGUUCUGGAUUAGAAUGACAUUAUUAUCUUGCUGACUUUAAGACACCCAAGCGCGCACUCACAUCCAUGGACCACUUAUUAACUUUUUUUACAUCUGCGUGUAAAAAUCUAUACAUUUCAAUUCACAUGGAAUUGUGUGCAGAAAGCCGUCUCCAGUCGAUGAUUUCUUCCUCUUUGUUUAUAAAAGAAAAAGGAUACAGGAAAUCAUCAAUAAAAUGGAAGAUAUUUUUUUUUACCAGCAAAUCCUAAUGAAGAAAAAAGAUUUGAGUGAAGUGGAAGGGAGGACAACUGACCCGUGUGUCAUAUGCAUUAUUACUAAUAUCAAAUUAAUGUAUGCGGAGUCUCUCUCCUCAGCUUUUAAAAACUACGAUUCAAAAUCAAAUCCUAAAAAUUAUGCCUCCUUUCUGCACUGUAGAUACUUCUUCCACGUGCCAAAUGCAAGAAUCAGAUGUUGCCAGUCAAAGCCAAAUAAAGUUUUAAUUUCAUAUCUACGUGAUGUUAGAGGGCCUUUCCCAAACUAGUCGAGAUUCAAACUGAGGGAAGUUUACACUGUAGGUGACCUACUUGAACAAAUGCAGUAUUAUAGAGGAAUAAAAGGAUGUAAUAAAUAUUCCAUAUAUAAGUUUUGUAUAUUUGUUAAUAAUUUUGGUAAUAAAUAUCAUGUACUGGAUGCAGUACCUUAGAACUCUUUUAAUAAAAUUUAAAUUGAAGGAAAAAAGAAUCUGCAAAUGAUCUUUUGUCCGUUAUAGCUAAAGAGCCUCUUGACCGAAGCCCUUUCAAUCAGAAGUGGGUCUUCAGCAGGUUCUGACCAGUUCUAGAGAACCGGUAGUGGAAAUAUUGAGUAGUU